ACUUGAUGAUGCUGAAUCUGACACAGAGUCCCUAUCUGAUUUGCCAUAUACCACAGAGUCUGUAGCUUUGUUUAUGAAGAAGGUGAACCGUAUCCGCUUCCAUAGUAUGACCGUCACUGCUGAAGGGAUAUCCUCUGGUGGCGGCCUUAGCCCAGGAGAAAGGUCGAGGUCAUGUCCAGAAUUGACAGACAAAAGCUCUGGGAGAUCGAGCCCUACAACAUCACACAAAGCUUUUUCUACAAAUAACAUUGAAACUGAGAGUGUUUCAACCCAAACUAUGGUUAGUGCUCUGGGUCAGACUGAUGUUGAUGUUGAGCAGUUGUUCUCAUAUGGUCAUCUAUUCUCUAUGGUACUACCUACAUGUUCUAGUAACAUCACACAGUGCUCCAAGUGCCACAGUGAAGUGUCUACAAACUCUGGAACACAAGCUGAUAAUUCACCCCCAUUGUUCUCAACAUUCUCCCCGUCAGAGCUGCUAGACAGACACAUACAGCUGGGGGGUGAGCUUCAUGCCAAGGAGCUUAGUAAAAUACCCCUCACCAGCCAAACAGCCAUCAAUUGGACCCAUUUUGGAGGUGUACCUCCAGUGGAUGAGGUGAACAUACUGCGUGGACAGAUACUUCUCCUACACAACCAGUUGAUGUAUGAAAGACACAAGAGGGAGCUACAUGCACAGAGGAAUAGACGUCUACUCGGCAAGAUCAAGCACUCUUGUGCUCUAGAGGAACAAAAUUCUGCACUGUUAGAUCAACUGAGACUACAAGAAAAUGAGCUACAUAACCUCCAAGUAUCUUUAAAACUACAGCAAGAAUCCCAGAGACAGGCUGACAAUGUUCAUGAGGCUAAACUAAUAACAACCCAACAGCAACUCAAGGAAUACAUACAGAAGUAUGAGGAUGUGAAACUGUCAAGUACAGAACUGGAGAAUACGUGUCAGCGCCAAAAACAAGACUUGGCUAGUCUACAAAAGGAAAUGUGCAAUGUUAAGUCUCAGCAUUUCACCUCGCAACAAGAAGUGUCAAUUAUGAAAGAGAAGGUCUCAGCUAACAAGCAUCUUCAAGAACAGGUGAAUAAGCUGACUAAAGAAUUGGUGCUUAUGGGAGAACUUACACAGAAGUACCAGUCACAGCUGAGUGAACUUAAGAAUAGAGUUGAUCCGUCAAAUCAACAAGAAUGGAUCAGUCAGUCUACAUACAGGGAACUUGCAGCUGCCAAACUGAGUGUUGAACAGAAGAAUGUGGAGUUAGAGGCAUGUAAGACCCAUUUGGUACAUGUAGAAGAUGUGGUCAAACAGAAAGAGAUGAUCAUUACAGAACAAAAGAAACUACUGGAAAAUGUCAAGAGUCUUCAUAGUGCAAAAUCACAGACUCUGGAGGCCCGUUGUGAUUCCCAACACAAAGUACAACAGAGACUAGAGGCACACAUCUUAGAGCUUUACAACAAGAUAGACAGCCUAACACCACAUAGUAAACCAACAGUUGCAGUUGCGGAAGGAUCAUCAGAGCAGUGACCUACUGGAACAUGAAGAAUACAAACAUGUACGGAAUGAACCAUUAGAGUGCAAUAGACUUAUCAGAAUGAAUUAAAGGGCCACUUUCGUUUUGUUCCGACCAUUGAUUUUUCCCCUUUAGGUUGUAAUAUCAAUGUUAGGAUAUCAAAGGCCUCUUUCAUUAUCUUGGAUUGAAAAGGAGUUGAGGCUAGGUUGAUACAAUGUUUAUGUGAUAAUAUGGUCCAAUACAUUGCCCAAUUUGGACACUGAUGCUGUACAUAAAGCUUGUUUGAUAUGCGAAACUACUGGAAUUAUAAUAUGUUGUGGGUCUUGCGAUAUGUCAGGAAAUGACCCAUACUGAUUGAACAGCCUUUAUUAUUCUAAAACUGACAGAAUGAGACCCAGCAGUGAACAAUAUCAUACCUUUGAGUAGAAAGUACCCAAUGCCAAUUUACAAUGAAGUCAUACAUGUUUGGAAUGGAUAAUAAUUUUUGAUUGUCAUGUAUGACAAUUGUAUUGUAAAGAAAAAUCUUAUUUUAAUUUGUCAUAGCCCAGGUGACACAUUAAAUCAAUGUACCUGGGUCAAGUAAAUUUAUAGUGAAAAAUAAACUGUUACAAUUUUUAAAA